AUGUUGCAUCGCCAGCUAUCGCUGCUGGCGGUAUCUCUGGCGGCCGUCGCCCCUUCGACGCUUGCUCAUACGGCCGGAACCUUCGAGGAUGGAGGCCACACGCUUGUCAGCGCUAUGAUGAUGUUCUUGGGCAACGAGGAGAUUGUGUACAUUCUCGACAAGGCAGAGGGCAAUGCCGCACAGAUCAACGGGCACCCCGCGUGGGGCGCAGCCUACAACAUUGGCAAUCGGUCGGCGGUUCCUAUGCAGGUCUACACCAACACGUUCUGCGCGUCCGGCAUGCACCUGCCCAACGGUUCGUACGCAACCUUCGGCGGCAACGGCGCUGUUGGUCCGGGCGGCGACAUAGGCAACGUGCUCGCUCCAGGCGGCUAUUCCGCGACGUACGACACGGUAUACGACGACGCCUCGGGCUCGACGUCUAUUCGUGUCCUGGACCCAUGCUCAUGGUCGGACUUGAACAACACCGAGUGCGCGUGGUACGACAACGCGACGGUGCUGCAUAUGCAGCAGCAGCGGUGGUAUUCGGCAGCGGAGCCGCUCGGAAAUGGAACGGUCGCGAUUAUCGGCGGCUUCGUCGAAGGAGGCUACGUCAACAGGAACUACCCGAACGAGGACCCGGAGUUCGAGGGCGGCGCAGCGAACCCGACAUACGAGUUCUACCCGAGCACGGGUGAGGCGACGGUCAUGAACUUCAUGAUCAAGACAUCCGGUCUCAACUCGUAUGCGCACGCGUACAUGAUGGCGUCUGGCAGGAUGUUCCUGCAGGCGAACAUCUCCACUAUCCUGUGGGAGCCAGAUACGAACACGGAGUACGAUCUGCCCAACAUGCCGGACAAUCUCGCCCGCGUGUACCCUGCGUCCGGCGCUACGGCGAUGAUGCCGCUAACGGUUGCCAACAACUACACACCCUCUGUUCUGUUCUGCGGCGGCACGGACAUGGACGACUACGCGUGGGGGAACUACUCAUGGCCCUUCAUCAACACGUUCUACUAUCCCGCCUCGGCCAGGUGCCACUACAUCACCCCGGAGUCGGACUCGCCGCAGUAUAUUGAGACGGACCCGAUGCCGGAGUCUCGGACGAUGGGACAGUUCAUCCACCUACCCGACGGCAAGAUGCUCGUCGUCAACGGUGGAGAGAACGGCACAGCCGGGUACUCGAAGAUGACUCUGUUGAUUCAAAGCUGGGCAGAUAUGCCGUACGGCGAAUCGCUCGCUUCCGCCCCCGUCGGACGUCCUGCAGUCUACGAUCCGACGGCGGAGGCAGGCUCACGUUGGUCUACUACAGGCUUUGACACGUCCAACAUUCCUCGCCUGUACCACUCGUCUGCCAUCUUGUUGCCCGACGCGUCGGUGUUGAUCGCAGGCUCUAACCCCAAUCUCGACGUUAAUACCUCGACGACCUUCCCCACGACGUACCAGGCCGAAGUGUUUUAUCCCUCGUACUUCUCGGCGACGACACGUCCCACGCCGCAGAACGUGCCCAAGAAUCUGUCUUACGGCGGCGAUCAUUUUGAUGUCCUCGUUCCCCAAUCGUCGUACUCUGGCAGUGCGAACGAUGCAGCUGACAACACGACGGUGUGGCUGAUCCGUCCGGGAUGGACCACCCAUGGCAUGAACAUGGGCCAGCGCUCCAUGGAGCUCAACACCACUUACACGGUCAACAGCAACGGGUCUAUUACGCUGCACGUAGCGCAGCCUGUCCCGAACCCGAACCUUUUCCAGCCGGGUCCGGCUCUUUUGUUUGUUACUAUGUCAGGUAUUCCCAGCAAUGGCACGAUGGUACUCAUCGGCUCCGGCGAGUUCGGCACCCAGCCAACGUACGCUGCAUCCAACUUGCCUUCCAAUGAACGCCUGGACGGCGUGUCUGGGUCUGCAGGCAACAGCAGCAGCGCUUCCAGCAGCUCCAGUUCGAGCUCUGGCUCUGCCUCCGGCAGUAGCGCAACGGGCAGUGCGGCGCAGAAGAGCGGUGCGUCUCACACAGGUGCCAUCGUUGGCGGGAUUAUUGGCGGCGUCGCCCUUGUCGGGAUUCUUGGUGCGGUUUUCGGUGUUUAUUUGGCUCGGCGGAGACGCAGCGUCGCCCAGCAAGCCCCCGGCUCGAUGUACGCUAUGUCUGCGGCCGGAGGCGCGGGCGGCGCUAUGGCCAAUCGCGUUAUGCGCCAUUCUGACUCGAGUGCCUUUGUGCCAUUGCAGCAGGAUAACAGGAGUAACGCAUGGGACACAACAGGCAAUGCGAGCAGCGUCAGCCUGCAGCCGUAUCAAGACGAGCCACGCACUGAAUCCGAUUCAUAUUACCAGAACCCACCGCGCACUAAUGCUGCGGCGGUGCGAUACUAG